CUCGCGGCGUUAUAGUUAGCGUUAAGACGGAGGACUGAGAGAGAGAGAGAGAGAGAGAUUUUCGGAUGGCGGGUGACAGAGAUGCCGACGAGGAGACUAGGAAUAUAAUGAUGCAGAACCUCUUCGGCGAUCAGUCCGAGGAGGAGGAAGAAGAAGAGGUUGAUUCCGAGCACGAGGCGGCUGCAAAUCAGUCGGAUUAUCCAUCGGAAGACGUGGAAGCCGAUGCUGAAAUUGAAGUUGAUGUUGACGGUGAACAGGAGGGUGAGGAGGAGCAAGAGGGCCAGGAGCUGGAGGCAGAGGCUGAGGGAGAAGAUGAAGGUGAGGUUGAUGGUGAAGAUGCAGCUGAGGGGCAAGGUGAAGUGGAAAGUGAGCUGGAAGCUCAUGAUAUCGACGUUGAACAAGUGGAGAGUGAGGGGGAAAGGGUUCAGAGUUCACCAGAAAGAGAAGUUAGUGAUGAGAGGAUUGGGAGUGAAGGGAAGUAUGCUGAAAGUGAGGAUGAGGGAUAUGGGCAGAGGGCAGCAAUAAGUAGAAGGCGAGAGGUAUAUGACAUAGAGUCCGAGGGUUCUGAAGAGAACCAUUUUGCCCAUCCUCACAAUGAAGACGAAGAAGUUGAUUUAGUUGAUAAUGCAAGGAACAUAAGCAGCUCACCUGUUGAACAAAAGGACAAACUAGCAGUUCGUGAUGUGUUUGGAGAUUCUGAUGUAGAUGAACAAGAUGAGUAUGGCGUUCAAAACGAUCUUGAACAAGAUUCACAUAGGUCUCCAAUGGAAGAGGAAGAAAUUUAUGAGAAAGAUUUGAAGCCAGAGGAUAUAGUGCCUGAUGAAGAUGCACAAUAUGAGUUUGAAGAUGAGAAUCUUGAGCAAAAAACAAAGGAGAAACCAAUUGGUCCCCCAUUAGAGAUGAACAUUCCAUUGCAUCCACCCCCUGGUCGACCUGAUCAGAUGCACAUGAUUCGUGUAUCUAAUAUUAUGGGUAUUGAACCAAAGCCAUUUGAUUCCAUGACAUAUGUAGACGAAGAUGUGUUUGUUACUGAUGAAUCGGGAACAAAGAAACGCAUACGUUUAGAGGAUAAUAUUGUACGGUGGAGAACUGUUAAAAAUCGUGAUGGGAAAACCAAUUAUGAAAGCAAUGCACGUUUUGUUCAAUGGAGUGAUGGGAGUUUACAGCUGUUGAUUGGGAAUGAAGUUCUUGACAUAUCUGUUCAGGAGGCAGACCAUGAUCAAGCCCAUCUUUUUCUUAGACAUGGAAAGGGAAUUUUACAAUCACAAGGGAGGCUCUUGCGGAAAAUGAAAUUUAUGCCAUCUUCCUUAUCUUCAAAGUCUCAUCGUCUAUUGACCGCCCUAGUAGAUUCAAGGCAUAAAAAGGUCUACAAGGUUAAAAAUUGCAUCACGGACAUCGAUCCAGAGAGAGAAAAAGAAGAAAAAAGAAAGAUUGAAGGCCAAACAAUAAGAGCCAAUGAACAACUUAAUCGUAAACGAGAAAAGGUGAACCGCAAAUAUUCACAGCCUGUCAAUAGAGGACGGGAACUUUCUCCAGGUUUUCUGGAAGAUGCACUUGAUGAGGAAGAUGAACACGAAGACUACUACAGUUCACGUAAGUUUACAGCUCGUCGUCGUUUUGAAGAUGACUUGGAAGCAGAAGCACAGGCUGAGAAGCGAAUUAUUAAUGCCAAAAGGCCAAAUUUACAGAAAAGCAACCCAAGGAAACCAGCUCAGCCUGCUGCUCGUUUGUCAAGGCGUCCUGUUGAGGACUAUUCAGAGAGUGAGAGAGAGGAAUCUGAGUAUGAAACUGAUGGUGAGGAUAUUGAGGCAUCACCAGGUGUUAAGGACAAGGAGCGUGACUAUGAGGAUGACUACGAGGAAGAGGCAGAUGAAGAAGUUGCAGGCAUCAAUUCUGCCUCAGAAGAAGAGGAACCAAGGAGAAAUGUUAGGGAGAGUGGAGGCAGCAGUCUCAAGCGAAAGGAAAUAGACUCAGAUGUGGAUUCUCCACCCAGGAAGGCAGUACAUCGCAGGAAAGCGGUCGUCUUUGAUAGCGAUGAUGACUGAUGCGUAAUGAAGUGCAUGCCAUAAAGGUCUUUGCCAGGAAUUUCUGCUGCAUCUUGGUGAAGUCAAUUCAAAUUCCACCGUGAGGAUAUCUGCUUCAGCCCUGUGAUAACUGCACGCAGAAAAAAAUGUUGUCUGCUCUCCGCACCAAUUUUAUUUGUUUGAUGGAAAAAAUGGCAGUGUGGAUUUUCAUCACCAAAAAGAAAUAUGCGACAUCUCGAGGUAUUGUACUGUUAUGAGAUGUUCAUAAUUGUUCCGAAGUUAAUCUUUUUUUCAUUAAUUCCCCUUUACUGGUCUACUAUUUGUAUCGUAUCUUACAAUCAUCCUAAAUAAAAAAAAAAUCAUGAAUUAUUGUUUCAUA